UGAAUCUCUGCCACACAGUUUGGGGGCUCAUCACAGUCGAUGCUACUGAUUACCUGAACUAGCUGGAUUUUGAAUUUUCAUCUCAUUUCUUAUACAUAAAUAAAGACAAGUGAGAGGAACAAUGGAGGCCAGCAACAACAAAGCGGGGAAGAAAGCAGAAGACACAUCUCACACUCUAAAUAUAAAUGUGACACCUCACGCAGAGCUCACAGCAAACAAUACCCAGCCACCCCUCACAGCCAAUGUCCACGGUCAGGCUGCUCCUGCUGCAGAGAGCGCAGAACACCACCCUGGGGUCCAGCCUGGCCCUGUCACAGAUAAGGAAAAGGCUAUUAAGCCAGAGCUCCAGAUAACUUUUGGCACAUUUACUGUCAAGAAUGGGGAAGAUCUGAAAGUAGAGAUCCCAGUGACUGGACACCCAGCACCAAAGAUUGAAUGGAAAAAAGAUGCUCAGCCAGUCAAAGAGACAUCAAGGUUAGAAGUGUCAAAUACAUCACCAUUAACAGUUCUUCAUAUCAGACAUGCUGCCAGGGAGCACUCUGGUCAAUACUCCAUCACGGCAAGCAACAGCGCUGGAAAAUAUACAGGAGAAAUCACUGUGGUUGUUCUCGAAAAGCCCGACCCACCCACAGGGCCUGUGAAGAUUGAUGAGAUCAGUUCUGACUAUGUUACCAUCUCCUGGGGGGCGCCAGAAUACACAGGAGGCUGUCAGCUAGACAACUAUGUAGUAGAGAAACGGGACGUUUUAAGUACAGACUGGCAGACUGUGUCGGCAACGACAGUAAGAACCACAAUCAAAGUCACCAAACUGAAGACAGGAAAUGAAUAUCAAUUCAGAGUGUUUGCAGAAAAUAGGUAUGGAAAGAGUACUGCAAUCACCUCUCCUAUUGUGGUUGCACAAUAUCCUUUCAGUGUGCCAACAGCUCCUGGCACCCCCUUCGUGUCCUCAGUGACAAAGUACAGCAUGGUGGUUGAAUGGGAGCCUCCAGCUAAAGAUGGAGGCAGCCCCAUCACUGGCUAUCACCUUGAGCGCAAAGAGAAGAACAGCAUUUUAUGGACCAAGCUGAACAAACUUGUCCUACCUGAUGCUCGCUUCAAAGCAAGUGGACUGGAGGAAGGCAUUGAGUAUGAAUUCAGAGUCAUUGCUGAGAAUAUUGCAGGACUCAGCCCACCUAGCAAGAUAUCUGAAAGCUAUGUGGCACGAGACCGCUGUGAUCCACCUGGUAAACCUGAAGCUGUUGUCAUCACUAGAGACAACAUCACACUUCAGUGGGCAAAACCUAAGUAUGACGGAGGAAGCACAAUUACAGGCUACGUUGUUGAAAAGAAGGAGCUCCCAGAUGGCAGAUGGAUGAAGGCAAACUUCACCAAUGUUAUUGAGACUGAGUUCACAGUCACAGGUCUGACAGGAGGUCAAGGUUACGAGUUUAGAGUAACUGCUAAGAACGGUGCUGGCGUCUGGAGCACACCCUCAGAAAGCGUAAUCAUCAUCGCUCAGGAUGUCAUUGAAGGACCCAAAGCGUUCAUGGAUCCUAAAUUCAAGAGUGCUACCAUUGUUCAGGCUGGUGAGACAUUCGUUAUUGAUGCUGAUUACUCUGGGAAGCCCCUUCCUGCAAUAAUAUGGCUGAAGGAUGGAAAAGAAAUUGACAAAGCUACGCCAAGAAUGGAGAUCAAAAACACCCUCACUCAUACGACUCUUACCGUCAGGGACUGUGCUCGAGUGGAUGGGGGGCGCUUUGUCUUGAACCUCAGUAACGUUGGUGGAACUACAUCUGUCUCAGCUAAUGUGAAGGUCCUGGAUCGACCUGGUCCUCCAGACGGACCUUUGAAGGUGAAAGCUGUCAGUGCAGAGAAGUGUAAUCUUCACUGGAACCCUCCUUUAAAUGAUGGUGGUGCCAGUGUUACUCACUACAUCGUUGAAAAAAGGGAGACCAGCCGUGUUACAUGGACAGGGGUUGAGUCUCAAGUUGAAGCUGUCAGCUACAAAGUGACAAAACUGGUGCAGGGGAAAGAGUAUAUAUUCAGAAUAGCUGCUGUGAAUAAAUUUGGUGUUGGUGAAUUCCUGGAAUCAGACCCAUUCAUUGCACAGAACCCUUUUAAAACACCUAGUGCACCUUCAACCCCUACAGCCAGCGCUGUGACUGGUGACUCUGUCGUGCUAUCAUGGGAAAGACCCGAGAGUGAUGGAGGCUCAGAGAUUGAAGGCUACAUCCUGGAGAAAUGUGACAAAGAGGGUGUCAGGUGGACCAAAUGCAACAAGAGAAGACUAAAUGACUUGCGAUUCCGAUGCACAGGGCUCACUGAGGGACAUUACUAUCAGUUUAGAGUAAUGGCAGAGAAUGCUGGUGGUGUGGGUGCACCCAGUGAGCCAAGUGAAUUUAUAAAAAUAUGUGAAGCUACUUACCCACCUGGUCCCCCCACCAACCCCAAAGUGACAGACUAUUCUGGCAGUACUGUGUCUCUGACCUGGUCAAGGCCCAUCUAUGAUGGAGGAGCAGGCAUCAGUGGAUUUGUAGUUGAGAUGAAAGAAGAAGCAGAAGACGAGUGGACUGCAUGUACACCAAGCACAGGUGUAGAGGACACAAGCUACACUGUGAAGAGACUGAGAGAAAAUGCAAAGUACAAUUUUCGUAUCCGUGCGAUGAACGUUGCUGGAGUUGGAGAGCAUGUGGAUCUACCUGAGACUGUGGUAGCUGCUGAAAAACUGGAGGCACCUGAGAUCGAGUUGGACUCUACCUUGAGGAAGAUUGUCAGUGUUCGGGCCUGCUCCACGUUACGUCUCCUUGUCACCAUCAGAGGAAGGCCAAAGCCUGAGGUUAAAUGGUCAAAGGAAGGCGGCGCUGUCAGUGAGCGUGCUCAAAUUGAAGUAACAAGCUCCCAUACAGAGUUAGUGAUCGAGAAUGUCAAUAGAAGUCACACAGGAAAGUAUGUGUUGACUGCUGAGAACUGCAGAGGCACUAAAUCAGCAUUCAUUAAUGUCAGAGUGUUGGACUCUCCCAGUGCACCAACCAACUUAGAGGUAAAGGAUGUGAAGAGGGACUCUGUGUCCAUCACUUGGGAGGCACCUCUCAUCGACGGGGGAGCAAAGAUUUCCCACUACAUUGUAGAAAAGCGAGAGGAGGCCAGAAAAGCAUUCACAAGUGUCUGUAGCAACUGUGUGAGAAACUCAUACAAGAUUGACAAUCUCCAGGAAGGGAGCUUCUAUUAUUUCCGUGUCCUUGCCGUGAAUGAGUUUGGCACUGGACUGCCAGCAGAGAUCUCUGAGCCUGUUAAAGUGUCGGAGGCUCCUCUGCCUCCUGGCAAAAUCACAGUCAGUGAUGUUACUUCCAAUAGUGCAAGACUCUUUUGGGAGAAGCCUGGCCAUGAUGGAGGGAGCAAAAUCACUUGUUAUAUGGUAGAAAUGCAGGCCAAGGGAGAUGAUACGUGGGCAUUGUGUUCACAGAGUAAAGCACCGGAAGUGACUAUUAAUGGGCUGGAAAAAGGACAGGAGUAUUUCUUUAGAGUUACUGCUGUGAACGAAAAGGGAAAAAGUGAACCAAAGUCCCUUUUGACACCUGUUACAGUAAAGGAUACCAACGCUGAGCCUGUUAUUAAUUUGCUGUCCAACACAUUCACUGUAAAGGCAGGAAAUGAUUUAAAGAUCGACGUUCCAUUCAAGGGUGUGCCACCGCCAACAGCAGCCUGGAAGAAAGAUGGUAACUUGCUGAAAGAGACAAGCAGAGUAAAUGUGCACACAUCUGACACAUCGUCUCAGAUCAUUAUCAAAGAUGCAACCAGAUCAGAUGUUGGCAUGUAUGAGGUGACCCUGGCCAACUCAUCUGGAACUACAUCCGCUGAAAUCUUUGUUAAUGUAUUUGAAAGACCUGGACCACCAAGUGAGCUCAGAGUGGAUGAAGUGAGUGCUGACUUUAUGUCAUUGUCAUGGCAGCCCCCUCACUACACUGGCGGCUGUCAAAUCAGUAAUUACGUUGUUGAGAAGAGAGAUACAGGCAGCACAAUAUGGCAGACUGUGUCAGCUACAGUUGCCAGGACAUCAAUCAAGAUUUCCCGUCUGACACAGGGCACUGAAUAUCAGUUUCGUGUUGCUGCAGAAAAUCGCUACGGCAAAAGCCAGUUUGUUGAGUCUGAGCAUGUCGUUGCCCAGUAUCCCUUUAAGCCCCCUGGUCCACCAACUAAUCUCCAUGUUGUCAGUGCCUCAAAGUCCGUUGUGGUGGUUGCAUGGAGCAAGCCAGACAGUGAUGGUGGCAGCCCUGUCAUUGGUUAUCAUAUUGAAUGCAAAGAUCAGAGCAGUAUUUUGUGGACAAAGUUAAACAGAAGCCCAGUGACUGAGAACCAGUUUAAGGUAACAAGUGUUGAAGAAGGUCUGAUAUAUGAGUUUCGGGUGUGUGCUGAGAAUAUAGCCGGUGUUGGACCAUGCAGUAAGGCAUCUGAGCCUGUGGCAGCAAGAGACCAGUGCGAUCCCCCACACAACCUCACAGUCACCAAUAUAACUAACAGCUCAGUUUCCCUGUCCUGGGACAAACCAGAAUAUGAUGGCGGGGCUAAAAUAACUGGGUACAUUGUUGAGCGUAAGGAGCUGCCAGAGAGUUGCUGGCUUAAGUGCAACUUCACCAACUUAUUGGACACCUUCUUGGAAGUGACUGGCCUCACAGAGGGAGAACAGUAUGAUUUUCGUGUGACUGCAAAGAAUGCAGCCGAGAACUUCAGUGCGCCCUCUGAAACCACCGGACCUGUUACAGUGCAGCAUGAUGUGGAGCCACCCAAAAUUAUCUUGGAGGACAAAUUUAGACAGGCGGUGGUUGUCAAAGCAGGAGACCUCCUAAGAAUAGAUGCUGACAUCUCUGGCCGCCCUAACCCCACAGUGUUUUGGUUGAAGAAUGGUAGAAAUAUCGGAAGCAAGGGAAGGGUUGAGGUAACUGCAACAAAGACGCAUACCUCUCUUCUUAUCAGAGAAAGUGUUAGGAAAGACUCUGGACAGUAUACUCUGACCCUACAGAGUACAGGGGGUGUGACAUCCAGGACUAUCACCUGCAAGGUCCUGGACAGGCCAGGCCCACCUGCUGGACCUCUGGAAGUGUCUGGACUCUCAGCAGAGAAAUGCACCCUGUCAUGGGGACCCCCUCAUGAGACUGGCGGUGCCGAGAUCAUGCACUACAUUGUUGAAAAGUGUGAAACCAGCCGUGUAGCCUGGACCCUUAUGUACGGUGACAUGAUGGCAACUACCUGCAAAAUUACAAAGCUACUCAAAGGAAACGAAUACCUGUUUAGGGUGAAGGCAGUAAACAAAUAUGGGGAAGGUGAGACUUUGGAAAGUGAGCCCAUCAAGGCCGUCGAUCCCUUUACUAUCCCAUCCCCCCCGACUGAUGUUGAGGUCACAAGUGCAACCAGCGAGGCCAUGACUAUCUGCUGGAAGAGACCUGCCUCUGAUGGUGGCAGCCGAAUCAGUGGUUACAUCGUUGAGAGAAGGGAGAAGCUGGGUGUCCGAUGGGUUUGUAUUAACAAGAAGCCUGUCUAUGACCUACGAUUCAAAGCUAGCGGGCUGCAUGUGGGGUGUGAGUAUGAAUUCAGAGUCUUUGCUGAGAACGCUGCUGGGCUAAGUGAACCCAGUCUCCCCUGCCCACUCACUCUGGCUGAGGAUCCAAAGUUUCUCCCUUCCCCUCCUGCAAAACCAACCGUCAUCGAUUCAUCCAGGACUGCCAUCACACUGUCAUGGAACAAGCCGCUGUUUGAUGGUGGAGCAGCAGUUACAGGAUACAAGGUUGAAUACAAAACACCAGCAGAAGAAGAGUGGACUGUUGGUGUUCAUAACACAGACAGAACAGAGUUUACAGUAACUGGCCUCACAUCAGGGACGGCAUAUGUUUUUACUGUCAGAUCCAUAAACAAGAUUGGCAUCAGCGAGCCAAGUCCUGAGACAGAUCCUGAAGUGGCUGUGGAUAGAGAGGAGGAGCCCAGGUUUGAUAUUAGCCCAGAUAUGAGGAAGACCCUGCUUGUUAAAGAUGGCAGCUCCUUCACUUUGACUGUGCCUUUCACAGGCAAACCUGUUCCUAAUGUGACAUGGGAAAAAGCAGAUGUAGAUCUGAGGAUCAGAGGACUGAUCAACACCAGCAGCUCUGUCACCUCUAUCACAGUGGAAGGGGCAACUCGUGAUGACUCUGGCAAAUACAUUGUCAAAUUUCAAAACGUUGCUGGAUCUGCCUCUUUGACACUGAGUGUGAGGGUUUUGGAUUCACCUGGUCCGCCAGCACAGAUCAGAGUGAAAGAUGUGACCAAGAGCUCUGCCACCGUUACCUGGGACAUCCCUGAGAAUGAGGGAGGAGGCCCUGUCAAGAGCUACCUUGUAGAUAUACGGGACCUCAGCAGGAAGGGGUGGACGAGACUCACAGACAAAUGCCGCCGACUGUCCUACAAGGUGUCUGACCUGGAGGAGGGAGGAAUUUACUUCUUUAGAAUCACUGGUGUGAAUGAGUACGGGACCGGUGUUCCAGCUGAGACCAAGGAGGGAACAAAAAUGAUAGAUACAACAGACUGGGAGACAAAUCAAGGAGCUUAGCCAGGACUGAAGUAAACUUCUCCUGAUCAUCCUGUCAAGAUCCUCUUCUUCAUCCAGUGUUGUUCAGAAAAAUCAGUUAGCAAAUACUCUGUGAAUUAAUGCAUUACCAGAAGCUGUGGCUUUGUAGAUAUAUGAUCACAUAUCUUUUUUUAUAUGUUUGUAUACUAGUAAGCCUUUUUAACAGUAGAUUUUAUUAACAUGCAUCAAAGUCCUGAUUUUGUUUGGUUAUGGUUAUAACAACAAAAACAUGAUCUAUUAUAAAAUGAAGAUGUUUGUAAUAGUUGUUAGAGUUUGACUUUGUAUUUGUUAAGGGAAAUGACAUACUAUUAAAAAAUAUCUAGCAAAAUAGAAACACAUUUGUUUUAAUUUUGCAAGUUAUAUAUUAUUAACUCCGGAUGGCAUCAAGACAUUGCAAAGAAAACAAAUGAGACAACAUAUAUAGAAAGAAUUACUGUUGUAGGCCUGCUGUAAAUUUAAGGUAGAAGGCUGGAACUUCCCUUAUGUAUUUUCAUUUUGUAUGUAGUACAGGCUAAGAGGCACAAUUCAUUUCUAUUUAGAGACAUAACACACUAACUGGAUCUUCUGCAAAAAUUAAACAAAAUAACCCUGUUAAAAUAAAGUUUUAAAAUCAACAUUA